AUGGAUAUUCAUGUUCUUCAAAGCCAGCCCGCCCAGAAGGUCGCGUUUAAAGACUCUUCCACGGUUCGUGUGGGUAAUAAACUUGUUCGCAAUAAGCCACCCACCCAGCCCUCUGCUAUGCGACCCAAGCAUUUGGUCCGCGGCGGGUUCCAGCCGCGCCUUCCGACUUCGCUGCCGCCCCCAGGGCAGCAGCAGCAGCCGUCGCCGCUACCACGCCGACAGCCCGUCCCGUUGAUGCCUCCCGCGCAGCUUCCUCCGGGAGCGCCCCAGGUGGUCGCUCCGGCGCCUGCGGUCCCUCUUCAGUCGCCACCGCCUUCGGAGCUGAUGGACGUCGACCCCUCCGCUGGGCCGCCUUCCCAAGCGGUGGCUGUGCAGCCUGUCCUGCAGCCGCUUUCCUUGGGUACCUCCAAGGAGUCUGGCACCGCAGAGCCUUGUCCGGCGCCCACUCAGCAGCCGUCGACGCAGCGUCAGGAGACGCUGCCUCUCUUCGUGGGUCCCGACGCCCCGUCGCGUCCACGUGCUCCGACGCAAGAGUUCCCGACCGUGCAGACACUUCCGAAUCUGAGAGGCCCGCCGCAGAAAGUGAGACGCGGUGUGGCGGCUGACAGGUGCCCGUUGGAGCCCGCCUUACUUUCCGGCUCUGCGGUUGAGGCGGCGGCGGAACAGCGCGCCGAGUUCCUGCGAAUGCCCGCCGCAAACUGCCGGCUCGCGGCCGCCAGCUGCCGCUGA